AUGGAGAACAGCACGGAAUGCUUAAAUCUGAACGAAGAGCUUUGGGAUUUCCGUGCGGAUCUCUCAUCAAGGUGGCCAACUAUGAUAAUAUUCGCAUUUCUAUAUUUGGUCAUCAUUGCUGCCGGUCUUAUUGGAAACACGUGCGUCGUCCUUGCUAUAUUGAGAAACAAAUCUCUUCAAACCGUUCCAAACCUAUUCAUCAUUUCCUUAUCAUGCUCAGAUAUUGUUGUGUGUUGUACGUCUGCUACAAUCACACCGAUAACCGCAUUCAAAAAGGAAUGGAUAUUUGGCGAAGGAUUGUGCCGCGUGGCCCCGUUCAUAGCGGGUAUUAGCUUGUGCUUUUCGACGUUCACAUUAACCGCCAUCUCAAUCGACCGCUAUAUCCUUAUUCGAUUCCCGAUGCGAAAACCAAUAUCGCAUUACCAAGCGCUCGCAAUAAUCGGAAUAAUUUGCGUGUUUGCCGCGACAAUCACGUCACCGAUAAUGUUCAAACAGAAAUUGGACAAAUUCGCUAAUUUUUGCGGCGAAUAUUGUACUGAAAGCUGGGGUGAAAAGGAGACACAUAUUCGGAAGUUAUACGGUGCCAUUUUGCUUCUUCUACAACUUGUUAUCCCUCUAACAAUUAUCAUCAUCUGCUAUACAGCAAUAUCGUUAAGAAUUGGACAGAGCAUGAUUCUAAAAGGUGCUAAGAAGCAGAAGGCCGACAAUUGGGAGGUUGAGCUCAGCGAGCAACAGCGAAUUGCCGUUAAACGACGGCAACGAACCAAUCGGAUGCUUAUUGGAAUGGUUGUAGCUUUUGCAUUAAGUUGGAUUUGGUCGGUGACGUUUAACAUUCUCCGUGAUUAUGAUUAUCUUCCGGAACUUAUCAAAAAUCAAGAGUACAUCUUUGGAAUUGCCACACACUGCAUUGCGAUGACGUCAACGGUCUGGAAUCCACUUCUCUAUGCUGUUCUAAACCUUCAACUCCGCGCUGCUUUCAUCAAUUUGAUGCCAAAUUGGCUGCGGAAUCGACUCAAACUUGAGUGCGACACUCAAUCUCCAUUGUUGAAUCAUACGACUAAUAUGACAGCAAAUAAGUAUGGUUCGACAGCGACCCAGAGACUCAAGGCUACUGUCGUUGACACCAAUCAAGGCAACCAGAUCGUGUCAACUAUAGUUGAGCAAAUUCAUCGGGAAUCGAAUAGUUUCAAAAUAGACUCAGCCAUUCGUAAAAAAUCAUCGGUUAUUCGAAUACUAGUGCAGAAAAAGAAGGGCGAGGAAGAAGAGCACUUGAUCGUUCGCGAAUCGCCAUCACCGCCGAAUAUGGAGAUGCAAACCCUAUCAGUUUCCGAUUUUCCAAUUCCGCGUAGAAGAAGCGCCCAACCGCGAAGCAACAAGAAAGUUGUUCUUCCUCGAAAAGCGUCCUUCUAA